AUGCCUGGAAAGGGAGGAAAGUAUUGCGUUGCUGGUUUUAGCGGUGCGAGAUCAUGUAGAAAUUCAAGCAAUACCAAGGGAAUUUCGAUGCACAUGUUUCCUCGAGGCGACAAACAACGUGCUGCAUGGACGAAGUUUGUUCGAAGGCAUAGACCGGUUUGGGAUCCAACAUCUUCUUCUGCAUUGUGUUCUGCUCAUUUUCAUGGCAAUGAUUUUACCCAACGGCUGGAUAUAAAUGUACCAACCGCACCUGAUCGCUCGCCAAGCAAUAUAUCCUGCAAGAGAUAUCUCAAGCAUGGGACAAUACCGACAGUCGACGACUACGAUGUCGCUUCGAAGUUUUUUCCCGAAACGUCUGCUGCACUUCCCACUACACCACAUAUUCCUACUGCCAAAGUUGAACGUGCAAAAAGGCAGCUUCUUCGAGAGGUAUCUCAGUCGAGUGUCAAGCGGUCAAAGAUUGUUGAUGAGAGCAUCAGCAUGGCAGAAAACGAAGAUCUUGAAAUUGAAGUUUCCUCUGGCGAUCAAAGCGGGUUAACUACGGAGUCUCUUUCUCAGGACCAAUCCGUUCUUCUUGGCGAGAAAGAUAAACAUACCAAGCCUGAAGAGACAGACGAACUGUUUACUUGUAAACGAAAGUUGAAAACUGCCCAACAAAGGUGCUCAAAUUAUAGGAGGACUAUAAAACGCCUUCAACUGCAGGUAAAAUCGAAGUCCUCUUCAGAUUCUGCUUCACCUACGCCAAUGGUUGAGUUUUUAAAUGAGCAGAAUGAGGUGGAGAAUCUACCUGAUGAAUUUGAUGGAAACCUUGCUGUUGACCCGAAUGAGCUUGAUGACUACUUGGCAGAAGCAGAUGACAUGAGCAGUCUGAAGAAUGAUCCAGACUGGGAAGUUGAAGAUGAGUUGGACCCAAAUGAUGGUGAAGAUGCCGUAGAGUUCAAUGAAAAGAAUCAAGUUAGGUAA